AUGGCCUAUCUUCCGUUAUUGGUGGAACUGCGGAAGGAUGGUGUAGAAUUGAGAAUGACCCAAUUGGAGGAUCCUACUCUUUAUAUGAUAAGAUUGGAAGUAGAGAAUGGUACACUGACGGAUUAUGCAAUAAGAGAGGAUGGAGCCUUGGUGACAGGAACUCACCACUGUGUACCUAAGAACGGCGACUUGAAGAGAGAGAUCAAGGAAAAAGCUCACUUUUCAUCUUAUUCUAUGCACCCGAGUAGUACUAAGAUGUAUCGGACUCAACGUGAGUACUACUCGUGGCCGCAUAUGAAUGGUGAUAUUGCUAGGUAUGUGAGCAUAUGUUUGAUUUGUCAACAAGUGAAAGCGGAGUGA